GUAUCAACUUGCGCAUCACCAUUUUUUCCUAAUUCUUUGGUAAUCUCCGCAUCUUCCCGAUUGAACGUGACAGCUCAUUCAAAGCACCUGAGAACGUGUCUGAAGAUUUCACUCAGUCAAUUGAUUCUUCAUUGCCAGCUUGUGGAGCGAGACCCACGAGUGUAAUCCUCUGAGUCGCGAAUGAUUAUAGGACUAGGAAAUGAGACGAGGCAUUACCGUAAGGUGAUCUUAGGCAGUGUAUUUUGCGGAGGAGAUUUCGAAGGGGAUGGCGGGGUUUCAGUCUGUGAAUGCGCAGCUUGACCAUCUGGAGCUGAAGGUUUGGAAGACAGAUAAGGAUCAACAACCUGGAAUUUCUUGUCAGACCUAACCCUAAGUAUGGAUAAUCAUCUUCGUCGUGGAUAGCUGCAAACGGGGAUAGUAAAUUAGAUCACGAGGAAAUCUUUGGUACAUUCUACCUUUUGUAGGUUUGGGAAUAAAAAUGGAGUCGCUGUUGCUUAGAGCUCUUGAAUCGACGCUUCGUCAUUGGAUGAAAACCUUCAGCAGGGAUCAGUUCAAACUUCGAGGGCGCAGUGUGCAGCUCUCGGAUCUCGAUCUCAAUGGAGACGUAUUACACGCAGCUGUUGGACUUCCACCAACUCUGGAAGUCACAGAGGCACGGGUUGGCAAGCUCGAGCUGAAGAUACCUUCUUUAUCCAAUGUCAGCAAAGAGCCUAUUGUGGUGGCAAUCGAUAAGCUUGAAUUAGUUCUCACUGAGACACCACAUGACCAAGCAUCAUCCAUGCCGGAGACUCCAAGUCCAGCCUCUUCCACUAAGACCUCUAGUUACGGGUACGCAGACAAGCUUGCAGAUGGAAUGACCGUACACGUGACUACUGUCAACUUGAUGCUGGAAACUUGCGGUGGUAGAAGCAACACAGAGGGAGGAGCAGCCUGGAAACCUCCGCUGGCUUCUUUGACUAUUCGCAACUUAUGCUUGUACACUACGAAUGAGCAUUGGAAGGUGGUACCUCUGAAUCAAGCAAGGGACUUCAACAAUAAUACGAGAGCAAUCUAUGUAUUCAAAAAACUGGAAUGGGAAUCUCUGUCAGUGGACUUGCUUCCUCAUCCGGACAUGUUCUCUGAUGAACAAUUCAUGAAAAUGGGGAGAAGCGACUCACGUGAUAAAGAUGGUGCCAAAAGAUUAUUCUUUGGUGGGGAGCGGUUUCUGGACAGUAUAUCUGGUUAUGCAAAUAUAACCAUGUGUAGAUCUGAACAAAACGCAAAUCUUGGACUGGAGGUGCAAUUACACAUUCCUGACGUCCUUAUUCCAGCACUGAGUGAGCCUGGUUUGAGGGCAUUACUGCGCUUCAUGACUGGAGUCUAUGUUUGUAUGAACAGAGGAGAUGUGAAUGUUAGAUCUAAAAAGUCAGAAGCAGCUGGAAGAUCAAUGAUUGGAGUGCGAAUUGAUCACAUUUUUCUAUGUAUUAAAGAUGCUGAAUUUCAAGUAGAGUUUCUGCUGCAGUCUCUACUCUACGUGCGGGCAAGCUCUGCAGACGGAGAAUGCAUGCGCACGAUGUCACGUAUUAUCAUCGGUUGUCUAUUUCUAAGAGACACAUUCUCACAACCUUCGUGUACUCUUGUACAACCGAGUAUGCGAGAUUCUGGAUCUGUCUCUGCUCCCUACGUCCCCUCUUUUGCUAGUGACAAGCUAUGGCCAAGGAUAUAUCCCCUAGAAGAUGCUGUGAUGCCUCAAGCUACGGAGACGUCCAUGAUAUGUGUAUACUCGGUUCAGACAGCACCUGCUCCAGCUCCUCCAAAUUUGGCUUCACAAACCGUCGUUCAAUGUCAACCACUGAAGAUUAACCUUCAGGAAGAAACCUGUUUACGAAUAGCUUCUUUUCUGUCGGAUGGAAUUAACGUAGAACCUGGCCUGGUUCUCCCUGAAGCGUCACUUAAUGCAAUGCACUUCAGUCUUAAGGAGUUCGACCUUACUGUUCCCUUGAAUGCUGCAUUACUGGAUGAAGACGACAUGGAAGAAGAGAACGGUUUUACAGGAGCGAGGCUUCACGUUGAGGGAUUUAUGAUUGCUCAAAGUCCAUUUUUAGGUUUCAGGUUACUAAACCUUGAAAAAGAUGCGGCUUGUUUCACUAUGUGGAAGGGCCAGCCGGUUGACUCAAGCCAGCAAAGGUGGGUGAUGCGUGCGUCCCACUUGAGCAUCGCACUUGAAACAAGCAGUUGUAAUGAUAAUGUCCAAAAUGAAACUGCUGCGGAUUGGGCAGCUGGUUUGUGGCGCUGUGUGGAGAUGCAUGAGCUGCACCUAGAGUCUGCUAUGGCUACCGCAGAUGGUGGACCACUGAUUGAUGUUCCCCCACCAGGUGGGAUUGUGAGGUUGGGCAUUUCGUGCAAAAAGUAUGUGUCAAAUACGUCAAGUGAGCAAUUUUUGUUUGUGCUGAAGAUGUACACAUACUUAGGGAUAGUGAGUGACAUGCUUCUUCGAGAAUUGAAACCUGUAACACAGAAAAAGACGUCCAAGUCAAGCUCUUUCAAGGAGCUGAAAAGAGCUGAAUCACUCCAAGAUAUCGCGGAAAUAGUGCCUGCUGAUAUGGCAGUGUACUUGAGCUUGAAGAGACUUGAGGUGAAAUUUUUGGAGUCAGUUCCGGGAGAAAUUGCAACGGAAGGUCCUCCUUUGGUUCAAAUAUCAAGCAGGGAUAUAGAUUUUACUGCUACACAUCAAAUGCUCGCAGCUGCAGCUGUGAUAUCUUCAAACUUGUGUUGGCAAGAUAUUCGCGUUGACUGUGUGGAAACAGAAUUGUCUUUUCCAGGGGCAGUAGAGUCGCACUAUGGCAGUCCACUAACCCAUAUAUCAGGAAUAAGGGAUUCAUUCGAUGCCUCUACACUUGGAUCUCCUUCGGGUAACCCACUUAUAACUGAUGACGGUGUGGAUUCCAGCGGUUCAUGCGGCGACUCCUUUAUCCGGCCAACACCUUUGAAGUUGUCGCCACUGGCAAGAGGGCUGGAAAGGUGUGUGCCCAGUCAAGGUCUGCCAGAGAUGCGUGGCGUGUUCUGGAUAGGAGAGGAGAGAGGCAGCAUGGCUCCAACUGGACCAGGUGAAAUAAAUGGGACCUCCUCAUCGGGAAGGUUGCCCUUUCUUGACAUCUGUGUAAAAAACGUGAUUCCUUUUAAAGAACAGGAUGCUGAAUGUCAUAGCUUGAGCAUAAAUGCAAAAGUGGGUGGAGUUAGACUGGGUGGAGGCAUGGCUUACAAUGAGGCACUGUUGCAUCGAUUCGGUGUAUUUGGUGCUGAUGGAGGUCCUGGUCCUGGAGUUGAGAAGGUUAUUAAGAAUUUGACAAGGGGAUCGCUUGCAAAUCUAUUUAGACCUUCACCUGAUGUUGGAACGGCAAGGAAAGGUGACAGAGUUAGAAAAACAGUAGAGGAGCCUACUUGGGAUUCGAGACUGCCAGACGACAUUGAAUUCGAGAUUCAUUUGCUUGACUGGCUUUUCGCCUUAGAAGGUGCAAAUGGUGUUUUUGAACCUGAGGAAACAUUUAUAACACAGAGUUCGCAUUCAUUCCGUGAGGACAGGUGCUGGCAUUCCACUUUUCGCUGUCUGAGUUUGAAAGCCCAAGGUACCAAAGAGGGUGGCAAUCUAAUAGCCGCAAGACAUGGGAAAAAGUCCAGUCCUGUGCAAAGUUUAGUGCUGAAAAUUGAGGGGCUUCAAGCUUUGAAGCCUCGGGUCAUUGGGAACUCUUCGCAUCAAAUUAGAGAUUUUGCAGGCAAUGUACAAAUGAACAGCAGUGUGGAGUACUUGGAUUGUGGUGGCGCUGAUUUCUCGUAUUGUGGCUCUCCAAACCCUGGUCAAAGCGGUGCAAUUUUGGCAGACAACAUUUCGGGAUUACGAGAUAUAGGCUCAAGUAUUACCAGCAGCGAAGUAAGACUAGAAUCUUCACAUCUUGGUAGUUUUUCCGCAGCGGACCCAAGUGUGACAAGCAAGAGUGGUUUUGACUUUGAGAUCCAAUUAGAAGAGCCUGAAGAUGAUGAUGGUAUGGAUAUCGGAAUGGGAGGAUGGGUAGUAAAGAUCUGCAAAGCUGCUGUUAGAGAACCGGUGGAGGUUGGAGCAACCAGAGUUGAGGUCGAGUACAUGGUGGAACUUUUCAAGUCAGAGAUUGAGUCAGCUAGCCGAAUAGCUGCUGGCGGUUUAAGGCUCCUCCAACUACAUAAAACGAUUGGCCACAGUGCUAUUGAUCAGUUAACACAUUUUGGUGGUGGCGGUUUGGAUAGAGUACUUACACCAGGUAGCAGGGAAAAGAGUAGGCGAUUCAGCGAUGGAAGUGUGUCGUCACUUCCAUCGUUUCGGAAGUCGUUCAAGAAGGAAAAUACACUCUCCAAACUAGAAGCCUCCAUAUCUGAGACUGAAACUUUGUGUUCGAAGUUGUACCAGCAGCUGAGCCUUAAGACAGACUCAGCAACUGCAGCAGAGUUGAAACUCUUGGUAGAUCAGAUUAAAUCCUCCCAAACCCUACUAGGAAAUUUGAAAAACGAAUUGUAGUAUAAUUGAUGAGCAGGUUUUAUGGACUGAAAGCUGAACAUUCAAUGUAAAGUAUUUAUAACUUCCAGAGU